AUGAAGAAAGAUACAUAUUACAUAAGGUAUCAGUAUUUUGUACCGAUUUUUAGUAAACUAAAUAUUGCUCUUCUCUCUCAGUCCUGCCUUGAACUCCUUCAGGAGGAUAAAGAUCUCCAGGUUCACUUGGAAGCUUGGAGUAAACAAAUAGAACUCAGUUUAAAAUACCUCGGCCAGUCUGUAGAUAGUACUGUGAGACGGUUAUCAGAGUUGAAGAAGUAUCAAGGGUUCAAUGCUCGCUGGCCUAAAAUAAUUAUCGCCUGUACUGUAGGAAACCUAAAAGGUCAAAUUCAUUACCUGGACCUCCGGUCUGAUAAAUCCCACGUGUGGAAGGUACUCACCAGAAAACCAAAGGUUUUAGUUGAGAACUCCACUGGAUCCUCAAUGGUUUACCUUCAUCCUAGGUUAGUUUUCCUGAACUCCACAGGAUCAUCAAUGGUUUACCUUCAUCCCAGGUUGUUCUUCUUCGGUGGUGAGAGAAGAUGGCGGGUGAGUUGGUUUGAUCUGGAGAAUAAUAGUUGGGGAGAGAGUGAAGGUGUUCCUCCCCCUCGUCUUCUCUCGGGAGCUGUUUCUCUUCAAGACCGAAUAUAUCUAAUAGGAGGUGUGAGUGUGGAAGAAUGGGAGAGAGGAAGCCGGGAGCUAGUAACCUCUUCCAGUGUUGAUACAUUCCAGCCCUCAUCAUGUACCUGGAGCCAAUCUAAACCUCUUCCUCAGGGGAUCAGUAAUCCUGCAGUCGCUGUUCUAAAGGAUGAGAUUUAUUUGUUUGGCGGUCUAAACAAGAGACGGAUUAUCCAGGACUGUUACCGCCUGACCAGGACUGGUUGGGAGGAGCUGCCUUCCCUUCCAGCACAGUUCUGCUACCCCGCCCUCGUAGUUGACGAGGCUAGAGGCGGAAUAUGGUUAAUAGGAUCAUAG